GAGCAAAUAUGGGCAAGAAAAAGGGAGGCAACAAGAACAAGCUGGCCAAGAUGUCCGAAGAGGAACGGGCACGGUACCUCCAGCAUCGGGCCGACAUGGAGGAGGAAGCUAGACGACGGAAGCAGCAACUGAUUGCUACGUUCAUGAAGAACAAACUGAAACGUGAGGAUGCUUUCGCUCGGCUCAACCUGGCCAAGAUCAACCAGGAGUGGCGCAGCAUCCUGCGCAACAUCAAGUGCAAGGAGCUCAAAAACGAAAUCGAACAGGUGGAAAAGAUGUGCACCGAGUGCAUCGAGAACAAGAACGGCAUCAUCCGGCGGUUGCUGUGCGAUCUGGACGAAUCGGAGGAAAUCUACUCGACCAUGCUGCACGCCCACAUGGAGAAGAUCGAGAAGAUCAUGAACAUCCACAACGAUCGGUUGGCCUUUCUUACGAGGCUGUACGAAAUCGAGAAGAAGGAGAUCAUCGAAAACUACGACCAGGAGAUUGCGAACUACAAGAGCAAGAAGUUCGGACUGCAGAAGGAGCUGGAGUGCGUGUUCUAUGGGUUGGCCGAGCGAUCGAGGGUCGAUCGGAAGCGUUCCGAGGAGGAACAUAUGCUGAAGAAGGAUGAGCUGAAGAAUUCGAUGAUUCUCAAGCUCGAAAUGAUCACCAAAGAGCGCGAGCGGCAUAUGGAAAAGCUCUGGAAAGAGUUCCAAAAGGUCCUAAACACUUAUCUACGCAACACUGAAGAGUACCGCAACGAGUACAGUAAGCUGCGGGACCAGGAUGCCAACGAUACCCGCCACAUCCAGAACCACUACGUCGAGGUGGCUCGACUGAGCGAUUUGAUCUCCAACCUGCGGCAGAAGCUAGUGACCAUCAAAGACGAACACGAGUUCAACGUGAAACAGCUGCAGAAGACCAAGAUGGAGCUGCAGGAGCGCAUUCGGAACAUCAAACAGGAGAUGGAGAUUGGGCUGAAGAUGGACGACGAGAAGCUGAAGCAACUGGCGGUUUGUGGGCAUGGAGCGCUGAAGUAUUUGCAGAACUUGCUCAGACGAGGCAAUGCGAUUCUGCAGAUUGCGACGUUCUGCAAGAAGUUCGAGACGGAAAACGAGAGCUUGCUUCCGUUUGUGCACAGUGCCGUGAAACGGCAGAUGUUCGAGGUGGACGAGGAUGAGCUGAAGGAACCUACUACGGAGUUCGAAGUGUUCAAGAAGGAUACCUUUGGGAUUGCGAAGAAGUUUGAAAACUUCUGGAUGAGAUUCAAUAAGGCUAGGGUCGACUGUGCGUGCUUGCAGGAGGAGAAGAAACAACUGCUCGAGGAGAACGAGAGAUUGAAGAAUCAACUGAAGGAGUAUCUGAUAACGGUGAAUAUGAAUAACGGCGGUUCGUUGGAGUCAAACGAGACGCUGCUUGCGGAAAGACCUAGCUCGAUGAAGGUCGAAAAGGUGAUUCAUAUCGAUUUGAAGCUGAAGUCGGUUCGGUUCAGCAAGGAUGGUAAGCGGAGACCGGUGACUUGCAUUGAGGGAAACUUGAGCAAUGCCAUUCGGAACGACAGGUUGAUGGAAAUGCGAAGCAAGCCGAAUCAGUUGUACUCGUUGAUUCGUCAGUCCACAUCCUAAGGAUAUGCGGGGCUAUCAUAAAUGGCAUGA